AUGAACUUGGCCGCAAGCUUGCUGCGCACAGGAGCUCACAUUGAGGAGGUCGAAGAUCUCUGCAGCGAAGUGCUGGCACGGCAGCCAUCCAAUGCCAAGGCACUCUUCCGGCGUGGCUGCGCGCGACAGAUCCUUGCCAAGCGCGAGGGUGACGGGCGUCCUAUACUGCAAGCUGCCAAGAAGGAUCUCUUACAAGCUGCGAAGCUGGAGCCGCAGAACCGUCAGGCCCAGAGCAGUCCAGAAGAGGGAGAGUCCGUAGCAGUCGACUUUCGACGCCAGGUCCGUUUGGCACUGAAGGAGCUCCAAGAGGCUCUCGCAGAGCAGCUUGAAUCCGGAGUCUCCGGAGUCUCCAGCAUCCUGGGCAGGCCACGACUUGUGCAAGCUAGCCCCAGUAUCAUCCUCAAAGUAAAGAUAUUGUGA